AUGGAAAGAGCUUGGCUCCGUGGGGAAGGAUUCCUCCUCUGCCUCAUUUUCCACCUGCUGUUUCAAGAUGAACAACUUCAACUGAUGACAUCGUUCCUGUGGCUAAAUAUGAUCUGGUACCAUCCAUUCAUCAGGUGGAACCCAGAGGAAUGUGGGGGCAUCAGGAAGCUCAGCAUAGCAACUGAGAACCUAUGGCUUCCAGAUAUCUUCAUCAAGGAGUUCAUGGAUGUGGAUCAGACACCUGAAGGUCUUAUGGCUAUGUCAACAGUGAAGGUCAAAUCGAAUACAAUAAGCCAAUGCAAGUGGUCAGCGUCUGUAACUUGGACAUCUUCUAUUUCCCCUUUGACAAACAAAACUGCACACUCACCUUCAGCUCUUUCAUCUACCCUGGUGACAUGGUCCUGGGCAUGGAGAAGGAAGUGCAGGAGAUUUUGAACACAUCACAGGACCUCAUGGAGCAAAGGGGAGUGGGUUCUUCUGGAUAUUCACCAGACAACAACGAAGAUGACCGUGGGCACCAAGAAGUACAACCAAAUCAUUUUCUACGUGGCCAUCAGGCGCAGGUCCAGACUCUACACCAUAAACCUUCUGGUGCCCAGUAGCUUUCUGAUAGCCAUCGAUGCCCUCAGCUUCUACCUGCCAGCAGAAAAUGAGAAUCGUGCCUCAUUCAAGAUGACACUUCUGCUGGGCUACAACGUCUUCCUGCUCAUGAUGAAUGACUUACUCCCCACCAAGGGAACAAGAAGUCCUGGAUGGUGCCUCUGGCCCUCAGGCAGGCCCGCCUUCCCUCCAGGUGUCUACUUUGCCCUGUGUCUGUCCCUGAUGGUGCUCAGCCUGCUGGAGACCAUCUUCAUCACCUACCUGCUGCACCUGGCCACCACCCAGCCCCCACCCAUGCCUCGGUGGCUCCAUUCCCUGCUUCUACACUGCACCAGCCCAAGGAGAUGCUGCCCCACUGCACCCCAGAAGGGAAACAAGGGCCUGGGCCUCACCGCUGCCCACCUGCCUGGUAUGAAGGAGCCGGUGGAGUGGGUGGGGAAGGUGCCAGGUCCCAGAAAGGCAGUGCUAAAUGGGAGCCCUGGGUCAACAAGGGCCCAGCAGGAAGAUAAAGCUCAGAAGCAGCACUUGUGGGUGCGGUUCAGCCACACGAUGGACACACUGCUCUUCUGCCUCUACCUGCUCCUCAUGGCCGCCACUGUCGUCACGGUCAUCAUCCUCUGGAACACCUAG